CCCUCCAUUUAUCACAUGGCCGAAGCACCACAAAAACAACAGCUUUGGCCGAGGCAGGGACUUCAGGAAAGGGAACCCGGGGCCCGCGCUGCAGCCCCCACCCCAUGGAGGAGGGUUUUCUCGAAUCCUUUGGGAGGCUGAGCCUCCAGCAGCCACAGCCUCGGCUGCCGGCCCCUCCGCCCCCGCGCGGGACAACCCCGCGGCGCCACAGCUUUAGGAAACGCCUCUACCUUCUGCGAGGCCUCCCGGGCUCGGGGAAAACCACGCUGGCCAGACAAUUGCAGCAUGACUUUCCCAGGGCCCGGAUUUUCAGCACGGAUGAUUUUUUCUUCAGAGAAGAUGGUGCCUAUGAGUUCAAUCCUGACUUCCUGGAGGAAGCUCAUGAAUGGAACCAGAAAAGAGCAAGAAAAGCAAUGAGGAAUGGCAUAUCCCCCAUAAUUAUUGAUAAUACCAACCUCCACGCCUGGGAAAUGAAGCCCUAUGCAGUCAUGGCACUUGAAAAUAACUAUGAAGUUAUAUUCCGAGAACCUGAGACUCGCUGGAAAUUCAACGUGCAAGAGUUAGCAAGAAGAAACAUUCACGGAGUCCCAAGAGAAAAAAUACACCGAAUGAAAGAACGUUAUGAACACGAUGUUACCUUUCACAGUGUGCUUCACGCAGAAAAACCAAGCAGAAUGAACAGAAACCAGGACAGGAGCAAUGCCUCGCCGCCCAACGGCGCCGGAUACUGGAGCUCCUACGCCGAGUUCCCCCAGCGGAGGGCUCCUGGCAGCUUCGCCCACACGCACGAGAGCUCCUUUAAUAGAAGAGGGGGGUGUCACCAUGGGUAUUAGAGCCCCAACCCACGGGCGUUCUGUUUUCCGGAAUCAGUUUUUACUUCAAUUUUUGGUAUUUAUUCUUGGUUCAGUCUUAGAGCUCUCAUGCCAGUGUAAAUAGUCGAGCCUGAAGGUUUUUGAGCAAAAGUCAUCACAUUCAUCUUCAACAGGCAUUUGUUACAGUGAUCCUGUAUGCAUGGUCUGAGGCUGGGGGUUGUGCAGGUCUGGGUAAACAAAGUCACUCUCUCCGGGGAAAGAAUUCAUUUGAAGCUGAAACCCAAGAACGUUAAACACAUAGGUUUACAAGUGAAAUCAAGUGUUUGUAGUGUAUAAGCUUCAGUACCACUUUCUCUGAAGUAAUCUAUUUUUCCAGGAACUCAUCUCCAUCUGGAAAGUUGGAAGGUGGGGGAGGAGACGUGAGAGGUAGGAAAAGUUUUAGUGCCAUUGCUACUUUUUUAAUGUGUGUAUCCAAAAAAUGUGAGCUGUGGCUGCAAUGAUAUAGAUUUUCCUUUAAAAUGAACAUGCUAGAAAGUGUACAUCUAAGGGAAUAUUGUCCUAUAAAGGAGACAUUUUGGAAAAUUAUUCCUUUAUUCUAGUGAUGUAUCAUUGUUAAAAAUAUCUGUCGAAUCCUACUUAAUAGCUGUACAAGCUACUGAGGAAAAUCAGUGUCAUUAUUUUGUCACUAUUUAUAGUCUUGUGUUUUAACUACCACUUUAUCGAAUAGGAUUAAACCUGAAACUUGGCUGUUGUGCUAAUAGUGAAAAUAAAACAAGCCUCCUUUAUAAAACACCAAUUUUUAAGAGGAAUCAUUAAGUAAUUUUAAAAAUCCUGCUUAUAAAUUUGUGUUAUUAUUAGUUGGCAGCCCCAGUGUUUGGGAGUGCAAGGAAUGAGGCCUCCCGGGGUGUAGGCCACAGAGGGACCCGUGAAAGCCACACUCACUGUCAGAUGGGCAGUCUCAAUCAAGUGUUUUAUGUGGAAUUAUUUUAGACAGUGAAGUUUGACCGCAACUCUGGAAUGUCCCUCUUAUCCCAAUACUGAAGUUAUGAAUCCAAAUUAAGUCUCCAUAGGUUGCAAUCAGAUUACUGGUGUGAGAUCCUGAUAAGACCAUGUAGGGUGUGUGCGUUAUUUGUUGGCCAGCAGCUUCUCUCCAGUGUUCUGUGAAGUCUUAGUUUAAGUGUCUUAUAUAAUGGUGCUUUUAUGGUUAUUAAAAUUUAUAUAUGGUAUUGGUUUAUAUGCAUUUGUCAUUGAAUCUAAGCCUUUUUUGUUCAACAGUAUAAAAAAUUUAAUUGCCUAAAUCCCACAGAAUUUUACCAUAGUAAGAACUAGUUUUUUUAUAUCAUAAACUUACCAAUCUUCUUUAAUAAAUAGGAGACAUAAAAGACAAAGCCAACCUUAUUUUUACUUGCUUAUGUAAAUUACUUGAUCUGUGCACAUCAGAAAGACUGUGUCACUGUAAUGUUCCAUUAUCUGACUCCACUCAACAGCUUGAUGACUAUCGGCAAUGUGUCUGUAAUUUUCUCUGUUAACACUUAAAAAUUGGUAUCUCCUUGAACAAAGUUUGGCUAAUGAAAAGACUUUAGUGAAUUUGGAUAAAUCUAAGGUGUUAUUAUAGUUUUGUUAAAUUCUGUGUGUCCGAGCACAACACAUGAUAAUUGUCUAUUAUCCGUGACAAUCCCCUCAGUAACUAGCACUCCUGUGCAGGCCCGGGUCAUGUGUGUGUUCUGGUCAGUAUGGCUGUUGCAGAAUUCACUCACUCAGCGGGGCUGGACCCCAUUAGGAAGAUACAAGUAACUGUCUGAGAGCCCAAACUGGAAUUACCUUCCUUUGAUUCCAAAGAAGCCAAAGGGUCAGGCUUCAACCCUGCUGAUUCGUGUCUGACUUUCUGCUUAGGACUUUUGGUCCUUGGACUGACUGCUAUGGAGCAGUGGCCCCAGGUUACAGAGCCAGGCCUUUUACAGAGCUCAGGAGAAUGGUUUUCUGGUCCAUUUGUCUCUUUUCCCCCAUAUAUCUCCUGAAGUACUUGGUAUUGAAGCAUAAACAUAACUGAUUAAAUGCCACCAACUUUAUUUAUCCCACCUAGAAAUGAUGUUUUUUCUCUCAACUGAUUUAUAUCAUUUUUUAAACACUCAACAAUGAUGUGCAUUGUUUCGUGUUAACAUUUGCAUCAUUCAUAGAGCUGGCACAGUGCUUUUUAUACACAAUAGGCUCUUACUGAGUGACUGUUAACACAAAUUACUUUUACCAUCUGUCCCUUGUGCAGUGUACACUGUUGACUUUGUAAUCAUUGUCACUUUUUGGGAUAUGAUAUCCACAUAUACUCAAGCUUCAUACCUUGCUCAUUAUAGCUUAGCUGUAUUUACAGUUUAUAAAGAGUGUGUGCAUUAGACUUCUCUCUACCGGGUAGUCUAAAUGGUAAUGAAGAAUGGAGGCGGUAACAGCAGUUAAGUUUUCCCAGGAUGAAAAAGAAAAGGUAAAAUUCUUACAGUUCUUUCUGUUCACUUGAGACUCAUGUUUUAUUCCCUGUUCAAGAGUGGAUCACCAGGAAAGUGAUUAGAACGUGAAGACCAAAUUCUUUUAUGAACAAAACUUAAAUUUCAUUAAUAAGACGGGUAGAACACUUAAGUUAAAAAGAAUAACAGAGGGAACAAGGCCCACAAAACUCUUAUUUUGUGUCAAAGAACUAGAUCAUGAGGAACUAAGGCCCAUGUAAAAAGUAAGGACUUCAAAUUUUCACUGAGGUAGUAGACAUUAAUUUUAAAAUGAACCUAGCAUAGUGAAUAUACAUUUGGUUGUAAACAUCUUGAGUGAUACAAGUAUGUUUUGUACCUGACAGAAAUUUAAUUGGUUAUAAAACCCCAAAUCUGUAACUUCAACUUGUCUGAAAACCUAUUUUGUUUGUUUUUUUGUUUGUUUCUGGUAAUUGCCCAAAACUCUGGAAAGAUUAUUUUUAAAAUACAGAAAUAAAGAAGAAAUACAUUUUUGUCCAUGGUUAAAAAAAAAAAGCAGAGCGGUCUAUUAUGUUAAUGACUUUUAGAGGAAAGAAAAAUCAUGGAUCACAGUUAUUAAAGUAAACAAACUGCUUUAUAAAAGGA